AUGCCGUCUGAUGUGCUUAAUAUCAAGGUCUUUUGGCAAGACCGACUUCCACCUGUGCAUAAAGCGGUAUGGCUGAUGGGAUGGACUUGUGGAAACUCGGUUGUGUGUGUGACUCAAACAUCACUUUUGACAUCCUCAAUAGAUAAAUCUUUUUUUUCAGUACCUUCGAAUAUCUCGAUUGUUGGUAUUGGCUUUCCGGCAGAUGCUACUAGACGAGGCAAGAUUCAGCAUUGUUGGCGUAAAUCUUUAGAUUUUCGUUAA